AUGACCAAAACAGUCCUUCUUAAAUUCCUUCUGGCAGUAGUGAUCACAUUCACUUUAAUUUUGCCAGAAUAUUUCAAGACACCAAAAGGAAACACAUUGGAGUUAUCAUGUCUGGAAGUGUGUUUACAACCUAUUUUCACCUAUUCAUUCCCUUUCAAUUUUUCUUUGGUGGCUUUUCUGAAACCACCAAGGGAAAACCAGACUAUUCUGGGAGUCUUUCUAAAUCAAUCCAACUUUGAAAACUUCACCAGGCUUUGCCAAGACAUCACACGUGAAUUUAACAUGUGCUGCUCCUGUUUGGUUUGUGAGACCAAAGAAAGCAUAAACUUCACUUCUCAGGAACAAACAUCAAAAGUUCUUGUCAUGAGAGGAUCAAUGGAAGAGAAAGAAAAUGAUUUUCACUCACCUUGUCAACACUUCAGUUUUAUUGUACCUCCUAUGGCUGACUACUUAGAGGACUAUAACUUUACCUGCCAUCUAAACAGCCAGACUAAAAUGUCAGCAAUCUUAGAGGAAGUUGCAGACUUUUCCUCCCUACAGGAAAAGUCUGGAAAUCAUACUUACAGAAUUAAAGAAGACCCAAAUAAUUGUAUACACAUUUCUUUGCACCUAGAAGUGGAUGCAAAAAAUUUCAUUUGUUUCAUGAAAAUCACUUGGUAUGCAUUAGUCCUAUCAGUUUUUAUAUUUUUGUUCAUCGUCAUUAUCCACAAAAUACUUGAAGGUCACAGGAGGGCGAAGAAGUGGCAAAGUCAUAAAUACCACUCUACAUGUGUUCUCUUAAGAGGAAGUGAUUCUGAGAAACUUCAAACAUUGAAUGUGCGGGUUGUUUCAGCCUCUAAUGGCAAGUCUAGAGAAACUGAUGAUCAACAUCAGGUAACAGCAUCUUCACCAGAGCCCCUCUUCCUGAACAUCUCUGGUCUUUUGCCACCCCCUGUGAACCUCUCCUCUUCCCACUAUACCUUAUGCCAGUACCUUAUACCUUAUACAUUAUACCAGUAUAAUGUAGGUGGUGCCAACAUUAUACUUCUGUACUAA